CAAGAAGUCAAGACAAGGUUGGCGCCACUUCGAACUUGUUUUCAUGGUGAACUCGUGAGGUUUAUACCCCAGUAUCUACUAAGUCAGUAUUGAUCGCACCUUUUUUGGCAUUAGUAGGUUUUGGUAAUGUAUACUUUGGAAAAGAUCUUUCCUCCACUCCCUCGAGUAGUUAGGGGCAAAUCACUUAUUUUCGAUGCAGACCCCAAAGGCAAAAAGCUUAUAUAUGUCACUGGAAACAGUGUCGUUAUUCGCUCAAUUGAGAAUCCUGCUGAUAACGAUAUGUAUACUCAGCAUUCAGUAGCUGUAAAUGUUGCAAAAUAUUCACCCAGUGGAUUUUAUAUAGCUUCGGCAGGUGAUAACUUUUAAGAUUUUAUGAGGUCUUAGAUAACAAUGGGAAAGUACGGAUAUGGGACACUAUCAACCAGGAGCAUGUGCUAAAAUAUGAAUACCAACCAUUCGUCGGUCCUAUAAAUGAUUUGGCCUGGACUUCAGAUAACGCUCGUAUGCUUGUGGGUGGCAACAGUGCUUCAAAGUUUGGAGCAGUAUUCAUGGUUGAAACAGGGACGUCUGUGGGUUCAGUUACAGGCAUGAGCAGAAGUAUCAAUUCCGUCGAUUUUCGACCUGUUCGACCCUACCGUGCCAUUACUGGAAACGAUGAGGGCUUAGUGACCUUCCUUGAGGGCCCUCCAUUUUCAUUCAAGAACUCUUUUCAAAACCAUAAAGGUUUUGUCAAUGUGGUUCGGUACUCGUUGAAUGGAUCAUUUUUUGUUUCCGGUGGGGCAGAUGGGAAGAUAUUCCUUCAUGACGGUGAAAGUGGUGAGAAACUAUCUGAAGUUGGAAGUCCAGCACAUGAGGGAGGAGUCUAUGCUAUUUCGUUUUCACGGCAAAGUCCUCUGUGUGUUUCUGCUUCUGCAGACAAGUCUAUCAAGUUGUGGAGUGUUGAAGCCAAAACUCUCUCUUAUCUUUCAAAGUAUUCAUUUGAAAAUGUUUUAAUGAAUAUGCUACUCGGUUGUACAUGGGUAGGCAAUAAAGUUGCUGCUGUAUCUUUAAGUGGUUCGAUUCAUAUAUUUGAUGUCCCACCUGGAUCAAAAUCUCUCGCCCCACCAAAACUUUCUAUACAUGGGCAUAAACUUCAUAUAACUUGUGCAAGGUUUAGCACGCUUGAUAACCGUUUAAUUACUGCAAGUUCUGAUGGAUCAAUGGCGUCUUGGGACACAUCAACUGGUUUAGCUGAAAUGUUUUCUGGUACAGAAGCUCAUACUUCACAAGUACAAUCAAUAUCGCUUUCAGGAAAAUAUGCAAUCACUGUUGGUAUCGAUGAUCGAUGUGUUGUCAGUUCGAUAACUGAACUAAAACACAUGUUAUCUACAAAGCUUCCUUCUCAACCUCGUUGUGUACAAUCAAUGGAAUCGAAUUGUUUAUUAAUCAUUGUUUCAUGCAUUGAACAUAUGGUUUUAUUGGAGCUUAAAAAUAAUUCAUUAGUAUUGUUGGAUCAACUAGACGUUUCACUAGGAAUAUCUACAAUGAGUAUUUCAAAAAAGUUGUCAUUAAUUGUUGUUGGAUCACAGAAUCUAGGUAAUACAUCGUUUCAUAUAUCAUCAAACCAAAAGUUAAAACAAUUAAAUCUUGUCAGUGCUACCGAUGUAACCCCAGAAGUAAUCGAUUUCUCACCUAAUGGUGAAAUACUAGCUUGUGCAAACCCAGAUCGUUCAAUGAACUUGUUCUCCGUGACUUGUGAAGGAAAUCAAAAUGACCUCCCAACUCUUAAAUCUGCUCUUUCCGAAUGGUGGCUCAGACACUCAGCUAGAAUAACCUGUAUCAGUUGGAGUCCAAAUGGUCGUCGCUUGGCCACUGGAAGUAUUGAUAGUUCUAUUGUUAUUUGGUCAUUAAAUGAACCAAGCAAACAGGUGGUUUUAACAGCGGCUCAUCCUAUGAGUAAUAGCACUGGAUUAUGUUGGGUCAGUGACGAUCGUUUGUUAAGUUCAGCACACGAUGGAAGCAUUCGUAUAUGGCGUGUGUAGAAAAAAGUACAGUCCGUAUUCUAUCAAUCUCUUGAAAUGGUGUUUCCAAGAAUAUUUGUUUACAAUUUGAUUCAUGUACUUGUUUCCCACUCUCAAUACUUAUAUAAUAUGAAGUGUUUUGUGUUUCACUUUUUUUCUUGAAUACCAGUAUUUUAUUUCUAUGGGGUCAGUUUUUAAAAAAAUUAAAAUCUUUUUUAGUCC